GCCCAGCUGUCAUGGAAAGACCAGCUCCCCCAGUAGCUAACAAUAACUUGCCAAUCCAGCCCCCCGAGGGAAUAGAGGGUGAAAGCAACCAUAACAAUCUACUUGCAAAUAAUAACGGGCCUGCAGUUGUGGAGCGGCCAAACCCUCCAGUAGGCAAUGCUCCUAUCCAAGCUCCUGAACACCCACCUGAGGGCGAAGGGCAACAAGUGGUAAAUGAUGUGCUAGCACCUCCUCCCCAGCACCUCGAUGGUACGUUCAGGAGGAUUAGGCUGUAGGAGGUUUUGCUCUUGUGCGAGUGUGCAUUGAUGUGAUGUUCUCCCUUUCAGUAGAUGAGAGUUGUCAGAUUUGUUUUACAUAGUCAGUACUUUUUGAUAGCUAAGAAUGAAUAAUGUAUUAUUUUUUGUAUAUUUAUUUAUUGAUAGUGGUUAGGCUUUAUGCUGCUGUUUUUUAUUAUUAGAUAUCAGAUGCUUUAUCUGUAGGACUGCGUAUCGAAAUAGGUAAACUAGAAUGUCAGUCAAAAAAAGGGUUAGGAUACAUGUAUGUGCUCAAGAAUGUAUUUGAAGUAAAAAUUGAUAGAAGAUGGCUCUGGAAUGGAAGUGAAAAUUUAGAAAUGAAUGUUGGAUAUUCUAUUAUUCUUUGUUGUUUAUUUAUGUAUAGUUCUGAUGAUUUUUUUCCAUCAACAGUAGAUCAACUUUUACAUUAAAGUUUUGAAACCAAUACUGGUAGUAAUACAAGUUCAUUUGGUUUAUUAAUUUUGUUUGUACUUAGGUAACUAGGCAAGUGUUUAGUCACUAAAGAUUAGUUUCUUGGCUUCCCUGAUCUUGUCCUCUUCCUUGAAUAAAUAUAUAUAUUUAUAUUUUUAUUACUAUUAGUAUUGUUAGUAUUAUGAUGAUAAUGUUAAUAAUGAUGAUGAAUAUGUUGGGGGGGGGGGGGAAAUCUGCAAAGAUUCAGGGGACACAUAAACAAAUGAGGUCAGAUAAGCUUAGUGAUUGACUCCGUGGUGACUAAGUGCUUGUGGUAUCAUCUCUGUGUGAACAAAAUUGACGCAACAAAAUUACAAUAGACAUUGCGUAUACCUGAGGCCAAAGAGUCAACAUACCCUUUCAAAACGAGUAUAGAAGUUGUAGAUAUGCUCUUUACUUUGCAUAUAUUAUACUCGGUUAAAGUUUAUGUAUGUUGUUCAUUCACAAUGGUUUACAAGAAAAUACUAUUGUAGUCUUGUGAAGGUCUGGUCUCUUAUUUGAUGCACCGCUGUCAUCAAUCACGGACUUGGGUCAUAUGUCUUUGCAUAAAUAUGACUUUUUGAUGGAUGAGUAUCUUUCCUUAAUCUUUUGCCAGCUUCAUCAUUAUGGUAGUUACUCAUGAUAUCAUCUUUCUUUUCCUAUUUUAUUUAGAAGCCAUCCAUCCUUUCUUCUCUUUAGAGUUGUCUGAAAACAAUCCUGCUUCACUUAAGCCCUAUUUGUUGGUACUGAAAGUAGCCUCUCUGCCUUGUCAAUUGAAAAAUGAGCUCUCUCUCUAUAUAAGCCAAAUAAAGGCAACUGCCAGUUUAUUUUCAUUUGUAAUAAUGUUUGUGUUGUUGUGUUCCUUACAACUCCCACAUAGCUUCCUGCCCUU